AUGGAGAUUGCUGCCGUCUACGAAGGACUGUCAACCAAGUGGCUUACUGCCUACGACCUUGCUGGCUCAGGCUCGCCAUGUCGCAUUGAGGGCGAACUUGCGGACCUUGUCGUGCUAGGGGAGAUACCGCCAGCUAUUAAUGGCACCUUUUAUCGUGUCAUGUGCGACCCGUUUGUUCCUCCGGACCCUAAUAAUGUGCCAAUCGACGGCGACGGAAAUGUGUCCGCGUUUCGGAUACACGAUGGGCGCGUUGAUAUGAGGCUUAAGUAUAUCGAGACAGAGCGCUACAAACUUGAGCGACGAGCAAAUAAGGCUCUGUUUGGCUUGUACCGAAAUCCUUUCACGCACCACCCAUGCGUUAGGGCAGCUGUCGACUCAACUGCUAACACCAAUCUCGUGUAUUGGGCAAAUCGGCUUCUGGCCCUGAAGGAAGUUGGCCUCCCUUAUGAGAUUGAUCCAGAUACCCUGGAAACACUUUCAUAUGACCCUUUUGGUGAUCAGAUCAAGGCAAAGACCUUUACCGCACACCCCAAGAUCGACCCUUUCUCUGACGAGCUUGUUGUCUUUGGUUACGAGGCUAAGGGACUGGCAACUAAAGAUAUUGUCAUUUACUCCCUCGACAAGGAUGGGAAAAAGCAUGAUGAGCAAUGGAUCGAGUCUCCAUGGUGCUCUUUUAUCCACGACUGCGUCAUUACACCAAACUGGAUAGUGUUAGUCCUGUGGCCCUUUGAGGCUAACUUAGCUCGUCUGAAAGCUGGAAAGCAACACUGGGCCUGGGACUACAACUUACCGGCCACGUUCAUUGCCGUACCCAGACGCAAAAGCACGCCGCUCCCUACUGGAUGGAAACAAGGGGAUUAUAGGGUCUACUCGUGGAAAAAUUGCAUGCCAAUCCAUACUGCUGGCGCAUGGGAAGGGGAAGACGGCAAGAUCUACCUCGAGACAUCGCGCGUCCAUGAUAAUGCUUUCCCAUUUUUCCCUCCAGACGAUGGCCGAAUGCCAGCACCAGAUGCUAAGGCUGAUUUUGUCCGCUGGGAGAUCGACCUGAACCAGCCCACAGGCAGUACGGUGCCCGACCCGUCUAUUAUCUUGGACGUACCGUCUGAGUUCCCUCGCAUUGAUGAGCGCUUCAUGACGCGCAAGUACCGAUACCUCUUCCUCAAUGUCUUCAUGCCCCACACAUCAGAUGGCAAGAAGAAUAUCUUCCAUGGCCUCAACGGACUUGCUAUGCACGACCACGAGACGAACAAGACCCGGUGGUAUUACGCGGGCGAUGACUCGCUGGUUCAGGAGCCGAUAUUCAUUCCGCGUAGUCCAGACGCCCCGGAGGGUGAUGGGUGGGUCAUGGCGAUGGUUGAGCGACGUGCAGCCAAUCGCAACGACCUGGUUGUGCUCGAUACGAAAAACUUCGAGAAGCCUGUAGCUUUUGUACAGCUACCGCUGCAUGUGAAGGCGCAGAUUCAUGGCAAUUGGGUUGAAGGAAGUCAAAGAUCCAAGUCGAAGAGCCUGGUGAGAGAGAUUGGGGAACUCAGCAUUAGUGGCAAGGGCGCGCUGGAGCCUCUAAGUUGA